UCUAUCAUAGCUGUUGUGUUUUGACUAAGAAGCAUUGCUUGAUUCAAUCUUCCACAUCUAAAAUGAGACAAAACAAACACUGGAGGUGUCUCUGUCUUCUGUGUACCGAAGUAUUUGAUUGUAGUUGUGACUUUUGUAACUUGUGAGAACCUUGUUCAUCUUUAGAGAAGCCUAAUGACUUCUACAUCCUCAUUUGCCCUCCUCUUCUUUCACCUCCUCCUGUCUCCUGAGGUGUGGAGCUAUGAGGCUCCUGAGGAUAAGCAAGAUGUGUUUGCUAGAAGAGCCUGUCCUGCUUUCCUGACCUUCACCAACGCUGCCUACCUGGCCGGAGUCACUGUGGAGCUGCCCUGCCACUGCAAACCACAACAGAUGCGGACAGUUGUGUGGUUCUUUAGGAAACAUCUGGGCAGCUCUGAGGAGACCAGAGUCCUUACCGAUCACCAUGGCAAUAAGCUGCUGGACACCAGUCAAGUCCCCCACAGCGGUGACCUGCGGAGUCGAUUCUCCAUCCGUCUUUUCAGCCUGCUGAUCUUCAGAGCAGGGCUAGACGAUUCUGGCAUCUAUAUCUGCGGCUCAGCACACAAAGACUUCUUCUAUGGUUAUGACCUGGACAUCCAGGAAGCACGCACACUCAGUUUCACUCCGAGGCUCACUCCAGAAAAAAAUAGCAGGAAACAUAAAGAAAGAAAAGGACUUGGCUCCACUCAGCCACUGUACAGAGUCUUCACCAGUUUCCGGCCCUGGUCAGUGUGCGAUCGCUGUGGAAUACCAGGGGAGCAGGUUCGCGUGGGACUCUGCUAUGUCCACUCGAACUUCCUGCAUGUACGCUACAGAAGGGCCAAUCAGACAGUCACAUCAUGCGGCUCGGGGGCAGUGCCCAGAGCUUUCAGCCGUCUGAAGAAAAGCAGAGCUGGGGCCAAGUUGGAGGUCAAAAGCUGUCAAGUAACUUGUCCAAAUCAAGCUCCUCCCUCCUCCAAACUCCAAGCUCUGAUGGCAUUUCUAGGGUACAGUUCUGCCUCCAGGCCAGUGGAGAUGCCAGUGUUCUACCUGAACCACCCAGCAGACCGUGUCCUGACCCUUGGCUGCCCUGGGGCACGACCCAACAUGGCCGUGGCCUGGGACCGAGGAUCUCAACCCAUCUAUCGAUCUGAGCACGCAGCAGGUCGUAACCUCAGCGCCACACCAUCCAGAUUGCUGAUAGACACUGGACACCACCUAGUCUUCACCCCUGCAAAAACUCAGGACUCAGGCAUCUACCACUGCUGGCUGCAGGGUCGCCAGGCUGCUGAGAUACGUCUGCUGGUCUAUGCCCAUUUGGGGCGGGGUCAGUCAGUGACAUCACAUCCUGACUUCCCGAUAGCUGUGAGGAUGGUGUUAAGAUCAUAUGCUGCCAUGACGGCUGUGUUUUGCCUGCUGGUGUUUGGCAGAGCUGGAUUCAGACACCUCAGAGACACCAGAGAAAUACAUGUGGAUUAA